UCGCCUCUCCCCUUCCCCUUGUUGUUUCCCUCGACUCGAGGCCUCGACCCACCCGCACCCGGCGCGGGCCGCGCCAUUCGAGUCAAACAAGCCAACCACCGCCAGUGCCAGUCCCUCGACCUCGAGUAAAAGAAGCGGGCAGGAAUCUCGGCCAGGUUCCCGGCCGGCGCGUGGCGCGCAGCUGCGGUGCGGCGUGGCGCCCUUUAUCGACCGUCCGUCCGGCUUACACAUAAUAAUGGUGAGCGGCGGCGCUGGCGCCGGCACGGGGGAUGAGAGCGCGCGCGGGCGAGGGGGCGGCGGCGGCGCGGCGCUGCUGGGCGCGUACGAGCUGGGGCGGACGGUCGGGGAGGGCAACUUCGGCAAGGUGAAGCAGGCGCGGCACCGCGGCACGGGCGCGCUCUUCGCCAUCAAGAUCCUGGACCGAGCCCGCGUCCUCUCCCAGCGCAUCGGCGACCAGAUACGCCGCGAGAUCGCCACGCUCAAGCUGCUCCGCCACCCCAACGUCGUCCGCCUGCACGAGGUUGCUGCUAGCAAGACCAAGAUUUACAUGGUGCUCGAGUUCGUCAACGGCGGUGAACUGUUCGACAGGAUUGCCAUCAAGGGAAAACUCUCGGAGGAAGAAGGGAGGAGGCUAUUUCAACAGCUGAUCGAUGGUGUCAGCUACUGCCACGAAAAGGGCGUCUACCACAGAGACCUCAAGCCUGAGAACGUUCUUGUUGACCGAAAGGGCAACGUCAAGAUCUCUGAUUUUGGCCUCAGUGCUUUACCACAACAUCUCGGGAAUGAUGGGUUGCUGCAUACGACCUGUGGUAGCCCCAAUUACAUUGCCCCUGAGGUUCUGCAGAACAGAGGAUACGAUGGAUCCUUGUCAGAUAUCUGGUCUUGUGGAGUUAUUCUUUAUAUGAUGCUCGUAGGAUACCUUCCAUUUGAUGACCGAAAUAUCGUUGUUCUUUAUCAGAAGAUUUUCAAGGGUGACACUCAGAUCCCAGAGUGCCUUUCUCCUGGGGCACAAAAUCUUCUCCAGAGGAUUCUUGAGCCCGAUCCGAUGAAGCGGAUCACAAUGGCUGAGAUCAAGGCGCAUGAAUGGUUCCAGAAGGAUUAUGUUCCUGCAGUUCCAUUCGACAACGAUGAUGAAGAUUCACAGCUUGACCUGGUUCUUCCAGUCAAGGAGGAAAUUAGUCCAUCACCUGGGGAUAAGACUACUCAUCAGAUCAAUGCUUUUCAGUUGAUUGGAAUGGCAUCAUCCCUUGACCUUUCAGGGUUUUUCGAGGAAGAGGACGUGACACAAAGGAAGAUCAGAUUCACAACAACACACCCACCCAAGGAUUUGUUUGACAAGAUUGAACAUUCUGCAAGCGAAAUGGGCUUCCAAGUACAGAGGGGGCACGGCAAGCUCAAAGUGACGCAAAACUGCACUGGAGCAAAGAAUCCUAAAAACCCUGCUUCAUUUCUUGUCUGCACCGAGGUGUUUGAGCUUGGCCCCUCCUUGUACGUCGUAGAGCUCAAGAAGUCCCAUGGAGACCCUGCAUUGUACAGGCAGCUUUGCGAGAGGAUCUGCAGUGACCUGGACGUGCUGAUGGAGCAGAUGAUGGAGCAGAUCUUCGGGACACAGCCGGUUGCCAAUGAUCUUGCGAGCUUGGACAGUCGAUCCGGGACGCAUUUGGUGGCGUUGUGACGAAGUCUGCCCGCUGCCGUGGUGUAGCGUGAGAUCUAGGGAAGACGGAGCAGUUCAGCUGCAAUGCAGCUAGGAACGAGUGUACUGUAAGUAGGAUCAUAAUUCGCCUGAAAAUAGGGGAGAUGUUAAAAUAGUGCAGGAUCAUUCAGUGUAAAAAAGCAUCAGCCACUGACGUCAAACCGAAUGUCAAAUCUAAUAAAUGGAUUGUAUUCGGUGGCAUACAUCCAUCAAGAGCUAA